CGGCAUCCUUUGAUUUUGAACUCCCUCCAGUAGGGGGCCAUUUACACCUUACAGAGUCUUGUUAGUUCGCCAUGCUAGGCUCUGCUCACACCUGCCUCUACAUAUCAUUCUCCUUAAAGCGCCGUCAGUAAGCAUAUUGGCACAAGUGACACAAUUGACAUGAGAAUGAUGUCGUUGGGUUUGGAUCCAGUGAUACAAAUCCACCCUCUUAUCUCGGUUGUUGACGCUUGACACUCUCAUCUUUCCCCAGAGUCUUUUACCCCAAAUAUUUUCCCCGGAGCUUAUUCCUGUCCCAACUAGAGCGACAAGGGCCAAUGGCGUCUAUCUCAAACAGGGAAUACUACACGCCCCUCCGGGUUCCUCGGAGCGACGGCAGAGGCUACGAUGUGAACAACCUCGAGCUGCUCUGGAGGGAGGACGAGCGUACCAAUCCGGUAGACCAGAAUGGCGAACAGCCUUCGCGAUGGAAGGCAUCUCUCGGGGCCCACCUCAGAUACCAGCUUGGAACAGGAGAGGAUGCGAGUCCGUACAUCCUCCAGGAAUUCCCUAGCGGGUACGAAUUACGGAUCCAGCCAAAGAAGGACAAGGUGCAGGCAUACCUGUACGGUCAUCCGAAGGACGUCAGGGCAAGGUAUCGAACUCCGGCCGAGUUCGUACCUCAUCUGUUGUGGCUGAUUAGCAAUUCCACUGAUCGGAAUGACUGUUCCUGCCAGUUUUGCGUGGACAUGGCUGGGAGGGAGGUUCAGGCAGAGGCAAGAACAGGCAGAGUUGCUUUUGCCUCACCGAGCAAGGACGGUCAACGCCUAUUAUCUGGCUCACCUAGGCAGCAACCUCAACAGCACCCAUCUGCCUCGCUGGGACAACCUCGGCCGCGCCCAGCUACCUCGCCACUACACCCUGGAAUGACUGGGCGGUUCAACGUUUUCAGGAUUGGCGAGAUGGUGUGGUACAAACAUGCGGCUUGGCGGUUGGGUGUAGUCCUUAAAUUCGCCCCCAAGGCCAGCAACCCGAAUCCAAGCCAGGGAGAGGAGGACUACCAGUUCCUAUUGGCUCCUUUGGGCCAUUCGCUCAUAGCCCAGGAGAUCAAUCAGCAGAAUCUUGUGAAGGAGGCGAGCUCCAUGCGUCCGUUCCUGACCUUCAGCGUCCCCGACAUCACUGUGCCGGAGCUGGCCACCAGGCGCUGGUUCACCGACGUUGACUGGCCUAAAUUUCUCAGCCCGUACACCCAGGAUCCCGAUGCCGCAAGGCGAGUUCGCAAGCUCGAGAUUAUCGGCCUCGAAGCCUCAAAGAUGGCUGCGCGCCAGAUUAAUGGUUCCUUCUCAGCCUUCAAUCAACUCCCCGGGACGCCUGUCACCACUGUUCCUAACGCGCACAUGACCACCGGGUACGGCGGUGUUUACCUAGGCGCUGAGAUGAUCCAGCUCGGUGACCCCAUCCGCAUUGCUGCCGGCGAUACGCCUGGCGAGGCCAGCCCGACGGUGAUGAUCGUCCAGGAGAUCGUCAUCUCCGGCAGCCACCCGGGGGUACACGACUCGUUACUGUUCCGCGGGAACAUCUACCAGCUCCACCUCGCCACCACCCCGCCCCAGAUCGCCGCCGCCGCCAACCCCGCAGAGCUCUGCCCAGCCUGCCUCGAGGAGGUGGCCUUCCGCAACAGCCUCAUAGGCGGCGGCGGCACCACGGGGGCCCCCGAGCCGAGCUCCUCCCGCUGGGUGUGGUCCCCGCUGGAGCGCGACGCCGUCCGCGGCGAGGCCGACGUCCAGGGCCGCUUCUACGUCACGCACAAGCUGAUGAGGGUCAUCGACCCGGCGCGCGCGGCCGCGGCGCUGCAGCAGCGCACCAUCGAGGACGCCCAGGCAUACCUCAACUACCGCAUGCACAGCGGCACGUCAAACUACUGCGGCUGGCGCCCCGGGCGGGCUGCCACCCUCGGAGCCGCCGUCCGGACGAUGCUCGUCCUGCCCGAGGGGAUCGUCGAGGGUGAGGGUUCGUAGUAGCUUUGAUCUUUUCGGUGAUAGAAGGGUGGGGGCUUUCUUGAGGGAAGGAAGGGCGAGGGAGGGAGAGGUUUCCGCGAUACUUCGGCUUCAGGGCCUUUAUUUGAUUAUUUUAUCGACCAGACUGAGCUUUGAGCAUUAUGAUGGCAUGUAACUAGACGACCAAGGACAAUCCUAAAGCCAGGUAGUAGAUACCUAGUCUCUCUGAAACCCCAUCUAUAAGCACAACCAUCACGACCUA